AUGACUAGUGAUGGGGAUGACAUGCAGGUAACAGAAGAGUGCCUAGCUGAUGCACUCUUUAACUUAAAGGUAGGGGAGGUGAGAGCGCUGUGCAAGCAGUGUGGUUUGGACAGCAAAGGCUCCAAGAUGGAUCUUGUCCUGGGACUGCGUGACAAGAUGACCAAUAAAGUUACACCUACAACAAAGUUUUUGCAUCUGCUGUUUGUCACGCAGCAAAUAGAGAAAACAGUGCUGGCCACGACCAACCUCGAGGGCCGCAGGCGAUACGGCAAGUCCGGCGAGUGGAAAGCGAUGGACGCCAUGGACCUGCGAGCCUACCUCUGGCUUCUGAUCCUCACGGGCGUGUACAGGUCCUGCAACGAGGCCUUGGAGAGCCUGUGGCACGAGGAGAGCGGCAGAGCCAUUUUCCGCGCCACGAUGCCGGUCAAACGUUUCCACUUGUACUCGCGACUGCUGCGCUUCGACAACCGCGAGUCGAGAGCCGAAAGACUAGCCUCGGACAAACUGGCGGCCAUACAAGACGUGUGGGACGCGUGGACGCGCCGGCUGCCUCGCCUCUACGACCCGGGCCCUGACGUGACAGUGGACGAGCAGCUGGUGCCCUUUCGAGGUCGAUGCGCCUUCCGCCAGUACAUGCCCUGCAAGCCCGCCCGGUACGGACUCAAGUCGUGGGUGGCCUGCGACGCCCGCUCCAGCUACGCGUGGAACAUGCAGCUCUACACGGGCAAGUCGGUGAGCGGCACGCCCGAGAAGAAUCUGGGCUCCCGCGUGUUGCUGGACGUGACCGAGGGCCUGAGGGGCCCGCGCAACGUGACGUGCGACAACUUUUUCACCUCCUACGCGCUGGCCCAGCGGCUGCUCGCCGGGAGGCGCCUCACAGUGGUGGGCACGAUGCGCAAAAACAAGCCCGAGCUGCCGGGGCGUUGCUCGCCACCAAGGGCCGUGCUGUCUUUUUGUCCAAAGGCACAGGAACGUGGCGCUGCUGAGCACGCUGCACACGGGCGACGAGCGGGUCGGCGCCGCAGGCAGGCCAAACCCGACAUUAUCCUCCACUGCAACAGCACCAAGGGCGGCGUGGACAACCUGGACAAGCUCGUCGGCACGUACAGCUGCCGCAGGAAGACGGCGAGCAGGCCCCUCGCCCUGUUCCACAACGUCCUCGACGUGUCCGCCUACAACGCCUUCGUGCUGUAG